GUCUACAGCUGACCAAAACUGACCUUCAGAGAAGCAAAAAUGUCAAAGCUCACAGGACUGUAAACUACAUCACCACUGAGUUGGUGCUCAGAAGGGGCCAGCAAUGUGACAUAGCUCUUACUUUCAGCAGACCAGUACAGUCUGCAGAUGUCCUAAAAAUUAUUGUUGAAACAGGUCCCUCUCCAUCAGUGCAGAAAAACACAAGGGCAGAAAUGGCAGUGUCCAGCUCUGCGAGUGGGAGAUCCUGGAGUGCGGUACGUGGACCAAGCAGUACCAACACCUUGAGCAUUGUCAUCAAUAUUCCAGUCACUGCAGUUAUUGGCAGAUAUAAAAUGAGUCUACAGAUUACGAGUGGAGGAAGACCAAAUGUCACCAGCCUGGGAGGCUUUAUUUUGCUGUUUAACCCAUGGGCAUCAGGUGAUGAAGUGUAUAUGAGAACCGAAGAAGAGAGAACAGAGUACGUUCUAAAUCAAACUGGACUCUACUGGUUUGGAAAUGUGGGCAGUUAUGGAUCUAGAAGAUGGGAUUACGGACAGCUUGAAAAGGACAUCUUGAACAUCACCCUGGCCUUGCUUGACAGGAGUCCAGAGUACAAGAAGGACCCAGCCACGCAUGUGUCUCGCAGAAAUGAUCCCAUUUACGUGGGAAGAAUACUAAGUGCUAUGGUAAACAGCAAUGAUGACAAUGGAGUCAUUGUUGGGAACUGGGGUGGAAACUACAGUGGUGGAUUGAGCCCUACAACAUGGAACGGAAGUGCCCCCAUUCUCCGCCAGUGGAUGCAAAAUGGACCGGUCAAAUUUGGGCAGUGUUGGGUGUAUGCAGGAGUACUUUGUACAGUUCUCAGAUGCUUGGGGAUACCAGCCAGGCUGAUUGUAAACUUCCAGUCUGCUCAUGACACAGAUGGAAAUCUCUUGGUUGAUAAUUUCUAUGACGAAAAUGGUAAAAAGAAUGAAGGCGAGAGCGCGGACAGCAUUUGGAACUUCCAUGCAUGGAAUGAAGCCUAUUUUACUAGAAAGGAUCUUGGGUCACUUUAUAAUGGAUGGCAAAUACUGGAUGCAACUCCACAGGAACGUAGCGGAGGUAUAUACCGAUUGGGACCGACCUCACAGAAGGCUGUGAAGGAAGGAGAUGUAGACAAACCCUACGAUACCGUAUUUGUGUUUGGUGAAGUGAAUUGUGACCAAGCACACUGGAUUAAGCAUACGGAUGGAAGAAAAACAUUGGCAUAUUCUGAGCCUGCUGGUGUGGGGCAGCUCACCAGUACCAAAGCAGUUGGUGCUUUUCAACGCAGGGAUAUAACCAAUGACUACAAAUACCCAGAAGGUUCUGAUAAAGAAAGAGAGAUCUUUGAAAAAGCAAAGCAAAUAGUCAAGCCGCCAGUUACAAUGGUGGGUUCUGCUACUGCAAGGGAAAUGUUUAGUGAUUCCUCUGCUCCCCCAAUACCGGAAUUUUCUGCCAGUUUUAAAAAAGCGGCCGAAACACAAGUUGGUGAUGAUCUGAAACUCAGCUUGACGUUCAAAAACUCUGUGGCUGAAUCCCAGAAGAUAAAGGUCAACAUGACAGCCAGCGCCAUAAUAUACAACAGUAAACCAGUCAAAGAUAUUCUUACUGAAUCCCAUUCUGUUACACUGGGACCGAACGAAGAGAAAAGCCUUGAGCUGACAAUAAAAUACAUACAGUAUAGACAGGCCAUAACGCCUGACAACAUGAUUCAAACUACAGCUGUGUGCGAGGGUGAGAAUGGAGCCACCCUGCUGGUACAAACCGUGACUACAUUGAAGAACCCGGCACUGCUGUUUCGGACUAUUGAAGACGUCAAAUUAAACAAAACUUCAAAAGUGGAUGUUAUAUUUACUAAUCCAAGUAAAGAAGAGGUCUGUAACAGUGUUUUGAUUGUAGAGGGGAGUGGCCUUUUGAGCGACCAACUGUUUAUUAAGUUACAAAUUCUGAAACCAAAUGAAAGAACUACAAUGGUGUUUGAUAUCACCCCAUACAGACAGGGUGAGGGAAGUCUCCUAGCAGAUUUCUCCUCCAAGAAGUUCCCAAAUGUUAAAGGCUUUCAAUCGGUUCCAGUGACUAAAUCAUAAAAAGCGAUACCUCCCGAGAGAAGA